UUAAACUCAAUUUUUAUGUUGACAAUAACAAACCAUAUCAUAUAUCUCAAAACUUGAGAAAAUAUUUCCAACUCUUUUUUUUCUUUUCCGCCAAACCACAGAAAAAAAAAAGAGAAAUGGGUGUUCUUGAUCACGUCUCCGAAUAUUUCGAUUGCUCUCAUGGAAGCUCGAAGAGACACAAAAGUCUACAGACGGUGGAUGUGAGGGUUUUGAUAGACUGUGAAGGAUGCGAGAGGAAAGUGAGGAGAGCCUUAGAAGGAAUGAAAGGAGUGAGAGACGUAAGCAUCGAGGCAAAUGCUCAGAAAGUGACGGUGGUCGGGUACGUUGAGCCGAACAAAGUGGUGGCUCGGAUCAUUCACCGUACCGGCAAAAGAGCCGAGAUUUACCCUUUCGUACCUUACGACGUUGUGGCUCAUCCUUACGCUUCUGGUGUCUACGAUAACAGAGCCCCCACUGGGUACGUUAGAAACACCGAGUAUGAUCCACACGUGUCACGCCUAGCACGUGCUAGCUCCACCGAGGUUCGUUAUACUACGGCGUUUAGCGACGAGAACGCCUCCGCUUGUGUUAUUAUGUAAUUCCUUUUUCUUUACCGUUUCAUUCUUCUUUCUUCUUUUUUUUUUGUUUUACUUGGAAUAUUUUUUGUUCCGAUGUCGAUGUUUGUUUAUGUUGAUUUCAUUGUAUGUAUUAAAAGAUAAGAAGAAGGAAAAAUUGUAAUCAAAUUGUAUGGUGAUAUACUGAUAUGAGUUGAUACGUUAUAUA